UGGUUACUCCUAUUUCUCAUACAAGUGUUCGAAACCCCCUCUGGGCCGUGUCUGUCCUUGCUAUAUUACGAGAUGCUUAUUAUUACAAACAACAAAUAACAAAUCAAAAUACUCAAAGGAUUUAAAAUGACAGAGGCCGACACAGAUGAUGUUGGUACGAAGUGUAACUUCUCGUUCGCAUUCAACAACAUCAAUUUCUCAGACCGAAUUCUCAACAUUGAGGUUAUACCCGACCCUCAUUUCAUCCGCGCCCAAUCCCAUUCUCUCUCUACCCUCGCUCCAAAUCGUAAGAGACGCAGACUCUCUCUUAUGAAAGCCAAUGAUGUCCUCUUGCAACCUGAGGAAAAAUUAAAUUGUAAUUUACCAGAUGCAGAGGAAGUUGUGGCAAUCACUGAGGCAUCACUUUCAGGUGAUGAAGUUUCUCAUGGCAAUGAUUCAUCAUUGGGCAUGAGUUGGUCAAAAGUUCUUAGAGUUAGGACCAUACAGAUAAGUUCUCCAAUUCUUGCAGAAAAAAGCCCCUUCUUUUACAAGUUGUUUUCAAAUGUGACGCGAGAGUCUAAGCAACAAAAUGUGACUCUUCAAAUCCAUGAUUCUGAAGAGGCUGCCGUUAUGGACCUACUUAAUUUUAUGUAUAGUAAUACUUUAUCAAGAACGACAUCUGCUGCUGUAUUGGACGUGCUGAUGGCUGCAGAUAAAUUUGAGGUUAUGUCAUGCAUAAGGUAUUGCAGUAGGAUGUUGGGGUUAAUGCCUAUGACCUGUGAGUCUGCCUUACUUUAUUUGGAUCUUCCUUCAAACAUUUUGACAUUAGAUGCAAUUCAACCACUGGUAGACACAGCAAAGUUGUUUCUUGCCACACACUACAGAGACAUAACAAAGUUUGCAGAUGAACUGCUGAAUUUACCCUUGGCUGGCAUUGAAGCAGUGCUAUCUAGUGAUGACCUCCAGAUGCCUUCAGAGGAUGUUGUCUUUGAGUUUGUGCUCAAGUGGGCUAGGAUACAUUAUCCAAAAAUUGAGGACCGGAAAGAUGUCCUUGAAGCACGCCUUGGUCGACUCAUCCGUUUUCCAUACAUGAGCUCCCGAAAGCUUAAGAAGGUCUUAACAUGCAAUGACUUCCAUCCUGACUUUGCAUCAAAUGUUGUUCUUGAAGCUCUCUUCUACAAGGCAGAGACACCAUAUCGACAACGGUCUCUUGCUGCACAAGAUGCUGGCACCACCUACUCUCGAUUGGUGGAGCGAGCUUACAAGCUCCGCCAUGUGAAGGUGGUUGAAUUUGCAUUGCCCCGUCCACGGUGUGUGGUAUACCUGGACCUAAAGAAAGAAGAAUGUGCACAAUUUUUUCCUAAUGCUCGAAUUUACUCUCAAGCAUUCCCCCUAGGGGAGCAAUGGUUUUUCUUGUCAGCUCGCUGCAAUAUGGACCAGCAAAAUGCAUCUCAUUGCUUUGGGCUUUUCUUAGCAGUGCAAUUCAAGGGAUCAGUAUCUCUUCAUGUUGACUAUGAAUUUGCUGCUAGAUCAAAAUCGACUGAGGAGUAUAUAAGCAGGUGCAAGGGAGAUUAUACUUUCACGGCGGGCAAGGCUGUAGGGUAUAGGAACCUGUUUGGUAUUCCAUGGACUGCAUUCAUAGCAGACGAUAGCCAUUUUUUCAUCAAGGGAUUACUUCAUCUAAGGGCUGAACUUACUAUUAGACAAUGACUCCUUUGUAGGAUUGGUGCUCUCUACUUUCUAGCUUUUGAUGACUAAUGUCCUAUAUUUUUCUGUCUCUAACUGCAUUAAGGAGAUGAAAGAAUAGGAUUUGGUGUAAUUAUACAUACUAAUAAUUUGAUUGUAGAAUAGUUCCGAACUGGUGUAGACAUUGACUGUCAUGACAUUGCUUACUCGAACUGGUGUAAAUACUGAACGAUGUCACACUAUCACAUUCAUAAUUAACCCACCUCGGUCUUAUAUUUAUGUA